UUUUUUCCUUUUUUGGUUUGAAUUAAAUGUGUAGUGUUCUUGAGCUGUUCUAUCUUCAAUUGAGUUUCUGGGUUUUGAUUACUGAUCCAUUGGUUGGGUUUGAGCCUCUUGUCAGGCUAAACCCACUAGGGAAUGCUGACGAGCAAGCAAGGUUGAUGUACAAAUUUUGUGGCCUUCAUUUUAGACAAAAUAUUUUAACGGAUCAGUAAGAAUUGAGAAAGCGUAUCCAGAGAGAUUAACUGGUGGAAAAAGGAAGAAUCAUUUGAACAGAGAUGCAAAUGGCUUCAAGAGAGCAGACUGAUGAAGCCAUUGGUGAAAGAAGUAGUGUGUGGAUUUUGGAUCAGAAGCUUGAUCAGCCAAUGGAAGAGGAAGCUAAGAGGCUCAGAAACAUGUACAAAGAAAAGAAAUUUUCAGCAUCAUUGGUUCUUCAACUUGCAUUUCAAAGCCUUGGAGUAGUCUACGGAGAUUUGGGCACGUCUCCCUUGUAUGUUUUCUACAACACAUUUCCUGCUCGAGUUGAAGACCCAGAGGAUGUGAUUGGAGCUUUAUCAUUGAUUAUAUAUUCCCUUAGUCUUGUUCCACUCCUCAAAUACGUUUUUAUUGUGUGUAGAGCAAAUGACAAUGGUCAAGGUGGGACAUUUGCUCUUUAUUCGCUACUUUGCCGACAUGCAAACAUAAAGAUUAUUCCUAACCAAGAUCGGACUGAUGAGGAGCUAACAACUUAUAGCCGUUCUGUAUUCCCUUCGGAAAAGUCAUUUGCUGCAAGAACCAAAAGAUGGUUGGAGGGAAAUGCAUUCAAGAAAAAUGCUCUUCUUGUUCUCGUACUUAUUGGCUCUUGCAUGGUGAUUGGGGAUGGGAUCCUGACUCCAGCCAUAUCAGGUGUUUCUCUUGUAUACUUGGGUGCGGCCUUAGUUCUAUCUGCCGUUGGCGGGAUAAAUGUGGGUCACCCGGUGAUAAAUAAUGAUUUAGUUGUGCUUGUUGCUGUUGCUAUAAUAGUAGGUUUAUUUAGCAUGCAACACUAUGGUACAGAUAAAGUUGGUUGGUUAUUUGCCCCAGUUGUGCUUGUUUGGUUUAUCUUAAUUGGAGGUAUUGGCAUAUUCAAUAUUUGGAGAUAUGAUAGCAGUGUCUUGAAAGCUUUUUCUCCAGUGUGUAUAUAUCGUUACUUUAGAAGGGGAGGGAGAGACAGUUGGACAUCCCUUGGAGGUAUUAUGCUUAGUAUAACAGGAACGGAGGCACUUUUUGCUGACCUAUCCCAUUUCCCAGUUUCAUCCAUACAGAUUGCUUUCACAGUAAUUGUAUUUCCUUGCCUUCUUUUAGCCUAUUCUGGACAAGCAGCAUAUCUUUUGAAGAACCCAGAUAAUGUCGUGGGUGCAUUUUAUCAUUCUAUUCCAGAUAGCAUAUAUUGGCCAGUGUUUCUAGUUGCAACUGCAGCUGCUGUUGUUGCAAGUCAGGCCACCAUAUCUGCAACUUUUUCAUUAAUUAAGCAGGCCCUUGCACUCGGCUGUUUCCCAAGAGUGAAAGUUGUACAUACCUCAAAGACUUUCCCUAACCAGAUAUAUAUUCCAGAUAUUAAUUGGAUCCUUAUGAUUCUUUGCAUUGCGGUGACAGCUGGAUUCAGAAAUCAAACCCAAAUUGGAAAUGCUUCUGGGACAGCAGUUGUGAUAGUCAUGCUGGUAACCACAUUGCUUAUGACUCUAAUCAUGACACUGGUGUGGCGCUGCCAUUGGAUAGUUGUGCUGAUCUUCACUGGAUUAUCACUGGUUGUGGAGUGCACUUACUUUUCUGCUGUAUUACUGAAGGUGAAUCAAGGUGGUUGGGUACCUCUUGUGAUUGCAGCAGCCUUUUUUAUCAUCAUGUAUGUUUGGCAUUAUGGUACUGUGAAACGCUUUGAGACCGAGUUUCACAGUAAGGUUUCCAUGGCAUGGAUUCUUGGGCUUGGCACCAGUCUUGGACUUGUCCGCGUCCCUGGGAUAGGACUUGUGUACACUGAGCUUGCAAGUGGAGUACCCCACAUCUUUUCCCACUUCAUCACCAACCUACCUGCAAUUCACUCUGUCGUUGUGUUCGUCUGUGUGAAGUACCUUCCUGUCCACAAGGUCCCAGAAGAAGAGAGGUUCCUUGUAAAGCGGAUCGGACCCAAAAAUUUUCACAUGUUCCGUUGCGUUGCAAGAUAUGGCUAUCAAGACCUCCAUAAGAAAGAUCAUGAAUUUGAGAAAAAGCUCUUUGAUAGCCUCUUUCUGUUUGUCCGUUAUGAGUCCUUGAUGGAAGGGUGUUCAGACUCAGACUGGUCUUGUGUAGAUGGUGAGCAAACCGCACAGUCAAGCAACACCCUCAAUAAUGAUAAUGGCAAGACAGCUCACUCAGAUUUGGGCAUUACAGUCUCAUUGGAGGACUCGAUUGUGCUCACUAACUCUUCAUCACAUGGAAACAACACCAUCAGGAGGUCGUACAGUCGAGCAAGCAGCCAGAUUGAGAUUGAUGAGUUAGAAUUCUUGAAUAGUUGUAGAGAUGUGGGGGUGGUGCACAUAUUGGGUAAUUCAAUAGUGAAGGCUAGGAGGGAUUCAAAGUUCUACAAGAAGAUAGCCAUUGAUUACAUAUAUGCAUUUCUUAGGAAGAUAUGCAGGGAAAACAGUGCCAUCUUCAAUGUUCCUCAAGAGAGUCUCCUGAAUGUUGGCCAGAUAUUAUAUGUAUGAUGUGCUGGUUCUAUCCAUACUCAUAGUAAUCUGUUGAUGCCAAUGUCAACUUUGUGCGCUGUUGUGAGAAGAGGGUAACAUUGCUCACCUUCACCAUAUCUAGAUUUAAAGGAAUAACAGUAUCCAUGGGGCUGCUAUCGAGGAUGAGGAAUCUGUCUGAGAAUAUAUAUGAAAAAUACAGAUGUGAGAUACAAGCAAAUUGGGUGUAAUGGUUUCAAAUUCUCAUACCACAACAAGAAGCUUUCUGAAAGGUGGGGGUGUUCCAGAGAACAUACUGAGUUAGCGGGAUCUGUCUUUUUGUUUGUUUAUCAUCAGUUUUAGGCAUGAUUUUAACUUUUUUGUAAUCAACCAAAGUGUUAUUCGUGUGGUUGCUUGCAGCUUUGCCUCCCUCUUGAUGUAUUGAAACUUC